UAUAGUAGACUUUUAGCCAGCUUACUCUAAUCCUGAAUACUGAUGUCUACUCUCUUUCAGAAAUGUAUUCACCAAAUGAACAUACUCCCAUUGACGCACUUGCAGAAAACAAUCUUCAGCCAUUCUUCGUGCUGCACAAGGCAUCAAAGUCUUCAGAGUCUACUGCAAUAUCUCCUGGAAAACCCACCAAAAGAAGACUUGACUCUUCACCAAAAGUAUCAUUAAACAAUGAAAACAUGAACGACAAAGUGAAAAUGGAAGCUUUCCAGUGUGUAUGGUCAAAAAUUGAAUCCAAGAUUAAGGAUGUCUUGAGGAGUAUAAAUGCAGAUGUGUUUGGUGAGAUAGGACGAUGGGUUUGUGAAUCUUUUAAUGAAAUUUGUUCGUGUAGAGGGCCUGUUGAUCCAUCAAAGUCAAGUCUUCCAUACCCUUUUGUUCAUAAUGGUGGUUUAGUUAAAAAGCUCUUCACUGGUCUGGUCUUCACCAAGAAUAUUGAAACUGUCGAUGACAUAUUAACUUUUGCUGAACUCGGUUUAAGCUUGAAAUCUCGUGGAUGCUAUGUGGCUAAUAUUUCCUCCUUGGAUUUUUCUACCAAGAAUGGCAUUGGGGGCUGUCUUAGAACAUUUCUGAGACAAUUGCUUAUGGUUGACAUUGAAGCAGCUGAUGUUUCGCUCUUAGCAUCAUGGUAUAGUGACCAUGGCAAGUAUGAGAAACCAGUGGUUGUAAUUAUUGAGGAUAUGGAGAGGUGUUCUGGGGCUCUCUUAUCAGAUUUCAUCAAUAUGUUAAGUGAAUGGUCUGUUAAGUUUCCAAUCAUCCUAAUUGCUGGUGUUGCUACAAGUGCUGAUGCUCCCAGAAAUGUGCUCAAUUUCCAUGCACUUCAAUAUUUGUCUACAUCAAUAUUCUUCCUGAAAAGCCCAGCUGAAAGGUUGGAUGCAAUCAUUGAGGCUGUUCUAGUAAAAAAUUGUGCUGGCUUUAGUGUUGGCCACAAGGUGGCGACUUUCUUGAGGAACUAUUUUUUAAGACAAGAUGGAACAGUUACUUCAUUUGUUAGAGCCUUAAAGAUGGCAAUAGUCCAACAACUUUCCAUCGAGCCUCUUAGCUUUGUGCUCAAGCUUUUAGUUGAUGAGGGAGAUGGUAAGAGGUCAUGGUAUGAGGAACUUGCUAAUUUGCCAGAGGAAUUGAUUAAGCAUUCUUUUGAGCUUCCAUCUUACAGGAAAUAUUUAGUAAAUCGGAAUAAUCAUGUAGGACUAAAUGCUAUGAGUCUAGGCCAUGGACUAUCAGAACUGCAGAGGCUGCAGGAACUAUGGAGAUCUCGCCUUAUGUGUUUACAUGAAGCUGGACGGUACCAUAAAGUUGCAUUGUUGGACUUGUAUUUGGAGGCAAUGGAUCCUGAGUUAUACAACUCCAGGUUAUCUAAUCAUGGCUGUGAUAGAGCAAAAGAUAAGAGCUUGUUGUCAAAUAAUGAUGGAUUUUUCAAGAUACAGAAGGCUGAGGUUACCAAUCAAGUCAUCCGCAAAAUAAGGGAUCUACCAGCUGCGAAGCUAUCCCAGUUGCUUAAGAGUUGGGAGAGGCUCACCAAAGGGACAAUUGAGGUUCAUGAGAAGAUUAUGGAGCUACAGUCUCAGAUGGUAUCAGAGGAUGUCAAAAGCCACAAAGCAGAAUUAAUUGAUAUAUCAAAGAGACAUAUCAAUCGACGCUGUUUAAAUGUGGAGAAAGAUGCAUGCACAUCUAAUGACAAAGCUGUGACUUUAGCAGGUCAAAUGAUAAGGUAGGGGCACAUAACCCGUAGCUUCUACCUUUCUGUCAUCGCUGUGCUUGAUAAU